AUAUGUAUAUAACCCGCAGUUUGUGCUUGACCAUUCAAUUCGCAUCAUACAUAUUUCAGGUUGAUUUCACCAAAGAGCAAAAAUGGCUCCCAAAAUCCCCUCUGAAGAUAUUCAGUCCUCUUCGAAAAAAACUGGAAGCCAAUAUUUCCAGGAAUUGCUCCAACAAGGUUCGGUAACGGAUGGACUCAACUCGGCUUUAAUGGCAAUACACGAAAUUCCAUGGAUAGAUUACGACCUCCUAGAAAAGGGAAGGGCCUUCGUGAAACGAAACUAUGCCGUGGUCGCGACCACAAUUAUGUUCACGACGACGACAGGGUUCGUCUUAAAACAAGCGGCAUCCACCGUUUUCAAGACCUUUUAUCCCAACAAUACCUGCGGAGCGAGAUUCCUUUCUACCUUUCGAACCACGAUGUGCCACUGGCUUUCGUCCGAUUUAAUGAGCGGAGCUACUAAUUCCGAAUUUGUCCAGGCCAUUCGACGUGUCCGGAAGAUGCACAAGAUGGUGGGUCACCACUCCUCCUUGAAAAAACCGACGGUGCCACCUGAUGGGAUCAAGUACCCGGCAGAGUAUACGGAACUUCUUGCGUGUAUCAGAGAAGACUUAAAAUCUGUGGACACCAAGGACUACCCAGGUCACCUGAUAUCUUGGACGCCAUCAAUGUAUUUUACCCAGCUGGACAUGACCAUGGUCGCUUUUGGUAUGUUUGCACCGUUCAUCGUGUACCCAAACAAGAUCGGACUUUACACCACGUUCGAGGAAGACGAGGGACUUCGAGGGUACAUCCACAUUUGGGCAGUGAUCGGUAAAAUGUUAGGAGUUGAGGACCGGUACAACUUAGCUCUUCACCCCGAUCGAGAUUUGUAUUCGGAAGUUUUUAUGAAAUUAAUAAUUGCAAGUUUGAAAAUGGCGGAUGAAUCUGUAAUUUUUUGCGCUGAAAAAAUGAUGGAAGGUGUUAUAAACAAUACGGUCCCGUACUGUUUAACGGCAAAGUCAAUGAUUUAUCAGGCCAUGGAAUUGUCAGAUUUUAAGGGGGAGAAAGUCUGGGGGAUGAUGAAUUGGCAUGAUAAGGCGACUUACUAUAAUAGCAAAUUUUGGAUUUAUUGUUUGAGAUUCAGCUUGGUGAGGAUUUCAUUUAAUUAUUUACUUUGGGGUGUGUCAAUUGUUUAUAUUAAGCUAUUCUUUAAGGAAAAUAAGAGGAAAUAACUUAUCUGCAUGGAUGGGGGGGGGAGGGUUCAUGUUUGAACUAUGAAACUGUUAUCCCACAAAUUGUCGAUGGAUAAAAUUUGGUCUAAAUAAAUCAUAUUCGACAUUCAAAUUAUUAUUUUUUUAAUUUGUAAGUACAUAUUUGCACGUAAAUAUGUACAUAGGCUUAUCGCUUAGCCCAACUGCUUGUCGUGUCCACGGUACGCAUGUUUUUUUAAGAAUCAACUAGGACGCUAUAUAGAUGAAGAAUUCAUUCAUAUUUCCCUGUAAAACGCAUAUUCAGCGCCGCGCCGUGGCGCCAAACUUAAAAAUUUAGAUUUUCGCCGAAUUUCAAACUUCUAUAAGUUUUGCUGUUUACGUCACAUUAUGGAAAUUGUAUGCUUAAAAUGAUCACAAAAGUGGAAAAUUUAGGGAAAAAAUUAUUAUUUUUGAGAAAUUUUUCGACCAAUUUCUAAGAAAAUUACGAAAUUUUGGAAAAACUUAAAAACGGAAAUUUUUUGAAGAAUUGCUUGACAUAUGAAAGUUGAACUCUUUGUCAUAAUCUUUGUCAAAAAUUUUGAAAAUCUGCCCAGGAUUUCAAAAGUUAUCGCGGUUAAAAAGUAAUCACAUUAAAAGUUGGCGAAUGUGGCCCCACGUCACUCCAAAUAUGAGUUUGACACGGAAAUAUAAAUGAAUCUUUCAUCUUGGGUCCUAGUAGAUUUUAAAAAUCUACUACGACCGGAUAGGAUCGAUACCAUCGAUACGAUAUCGGCGUAGUAAUGUGGUGGUAAAGAAAUAUUUAUCACUUAGAAUCAAGCCAUGUAUUUAUAACCAAUCCGGUAAGGAAUUAUUACCAAAUCUAUACCAAAUCCUUAUUGAAAAACUGGUUCUUUAGAUCUGCAACUCUCACUAUCUCCUUUUCGUAGUUGUGUUAGUGAUCAAUGAUCACUAUGUCAAAAAGGCAACUCUUAUAAUUCUUACAACUCUUAUCACCCAAUAACCGGUUAGACAUAUAAGUAGACUAAAUAGGUAUACGUAUGGUAUAUAAGUAAGAACAAGAGUGACCAUCGACAGCGAGUCGACUGCCUGUAUCUUGAUACGUGCAAUAAAACCUGUCCUGACUUUGUCUCACCAAA